AUGGAUCUCUCGACGGUGAUAUGGACGACGACCAUCAUCGGCGCUGUCGCGGUCUACUGCACUCCUCUUCCUUUGAUCCCAUCUCUCGCUCCCUCUUCCCCCUUCUUUUGUUCCUUUUCAUUCCGUCGAUCUGUUGGCCAGAUGAAGAAAGGCCGAGUUCUGGUGGAGCCGGCGGCGGCAGUAGCGGAGACGCGGUUCCACGGCGUGCGCAAGCGACCGUGGGGGCGGUUCGCGGCCGAGAUCAGGGACCCCUGGAAGAAGGUCAGGGUGUGGCUUGGAACCUUCGACUCGGCCGAUGCUGUCGCCCUGGCCUACGACUCCGCCGCUCGCGCGUUCUGUGGUUCCAAGGCCAAGACCAACUUUCCCCUCGCCGCCGCCGCUGCUGCAUCUCCCACCCCUACUCCUGCAUUCCGCUGCCCUCCCUCCGCUUACCCAACCCUAGGGUUUUGA